AUGGAGUCAAAGGAUGUGCUACGAGUCCAUCGUUAUGACCCUAACUCCAACUCAACCAGGAAGGUCCGCAUCAUUGAGAAGGAUAAAACGGAAAAGAACGAGAAUCUGGUCUCUAUUCGUGAGAUCUUGAAGAAACAUCGUGUUUUCGAUUCCAAGGAGGAGAAAGACUUUGUCGACAAAGGCGUGGACUUGACAUUGAAGAAAUCACCGGACGUCUUAACGGUUGACGGCUCUCUCCUGAAAUCAACUCUGAAUGCUAGCCAGUGGACAGCUAAUGCGGGAGUGAACUUGUCUCACCCAGCGGAUUUUACCGAGCACCAUUGGAGUAUCAUAACACGCACCAACUCCAUACUAAAUGGUUACACCUUUGAGGAAGUCCAGAGAAAAGACCCUGAUGGCCAGAUAAAGGCUUUCAUGAAAGUAGGACGCAGUCCGUACACUGCGUUCAAGCUCAAAGCAAGAGCCUUUGAACCAUACGAAAUAGCAGCCCCGCCGCUGAUCGCAGGGGUGACCGAAGCAAUAGUUCCGCCAGCACCGUCAGCACCGGGAACCCCAAAACCAGCAGCACCUGAAUACCGUAUUCCGCGCUUCCGAGUCGACGAUGACUCCUAUGUGACGGUUUACGAGACGAAAAACUCUUCACAGCACUCACUCGCUAAAAGCUCAUUCUCUGAACAUUCAGCACAUGCUUCGGUGGGCGCUGGCUUGUGGGGGGGCUCUGCUGCUGUCAGUGUUGGGUUCGCGACGAGUCAAUCAAACCAAAGCUUGCACGCCACUGAAGAGGACAACCAAAAGCUCAAUAUAUCCUACAAUUUCCCGCGUGUCACACUGUUCUUAGAUCACAUUAAUCUGGAAAUCACCGAUGAAUGUAAGGAGGCAAUCAAGGGCCUCGGUACCAAGGAGAGCUACGAAGACUUUGGCAGGAAAUUUGCCCCGCCGCAUGGUGUGCCACUGUUGGUGACUUACAACUGGAGAGUUAUCCAGUUCAUACAGCAUUUGUCCAAGGGAUUCGAAUCCCAACAGAGUUACAAGACAAUCCAGUUCUAUGUCCAAGAUAAAGCUGGAGACAAGGGCUACCUGAAGUCAUUCCAUGAUGACCUGACAUUAUGCCACGAAGUGAUGGAUAAUUACAAAAAGGCUGCCUCGGAGACUGGAAUGCCAGCGACAGGUUCGGUCAUUGCUGCUUUGCAAUCGAAAAUUAGCGUACGACGUGAUACAAAAACACAUGAGAAUGCUGUCUGGGAAGCUAUCAUUCCAGUUUCUGCCAAUGGUGACCAGCGCAUGUACUAUGAGGCGACGAUGCUUAUUAAACCUCAAGGAGUGGAUCAGUAUCUUGGCUUCACUCCCAGUAUUCUUGAUAAAAAGACCAGCGAUGACCCUUUCCCAUACUAUCUGUCCUUGAGGGAUCAACCGACAUACUUUUGGUUCCAGACGCCGGGAGCCCCAAAGAAAGAAGGCCUCAUUAACACCAAUGAUACAGUGGAGAUAGGCGUGGUUGAUCCUUGGACGGGAAAGAGUAUGGGUCUUCUGAGAGAGGCGGGUGACAAACUCGUUGGCAUUGAUCAUUAUGAGAACAGCAAGGCCAAAUCUUUGAGUUUCUAUUUUUAUUUGAAAGAUUGA